UGUAAGUCGCCGGCAGUUGGAAGCUGAAACGACUCCAAACCCCUCCUCUACAUAGUCCCGGUACAUACGCCGAUUGAUGCCUAAAUCUCACGUCUCCAUCGCAUGCGCCAGAUAGAUCCCGACUAGCCUGAGUUCUUGCUAUCAUACCGUUACAGUUUAAUCCUAUCUGUUUCCUAAACAUAUCACAUCUCCCUAGCGACAUCUCUAUUUCGCGAGAGCAAUGUCUCUACUGGACGAGGAGCAAUCGGAGGCCCCGCCUUCCAAGCACUUGGAGGAUAUACCCUCCGGACCCGCCUCACCUCCGAGCGAGUCUCCGCCCCAACCCAUGGUGAUAGACAGCGGCGGCGAUCUGGUCCUCCGUGUUGGCGCCGAGGCCGACGAGCGCGAGCAAGAAUACGUUGUCUGUUCCAACACUCUGCGGCGAUCUUCCCCGGUAUGGAAGAGCAUGCUGUAUGGCGGGUUCAAGGAAGCGAAACCCGCCGAAGGCUCCUGGGUCGUAUCGCUCCCGGACGAUCAAGCAGACCCGAUGCUUGUGAUUCUGAACAUCAUCCACACGAGGUUUAUACUUGUUCCCAGGCAGCCGCCGCUGUCAGAGAUCUAUCACAUCUUGACGCUGGCUCACAAGUAUGACAUGACGGAAAUCGUGCAGCCCUGGGCCGAUUGUUGGAUGGAGGUUGCCGACAACGCCCAAGAGAAAGAGGAUGGAUGUAGCCUUGCCAUGUUGACAUAUGUGGCAUGGGAAAUGGGAAACGAGGACCUUUUUACCACAAUGAUCAACAAAUUGUUGCUUGGGAGCUCUGUCGAUGACCAGGGCCGCCUAACCACGCCCGACGGCAUAUGCCUUGAAAACUACGACUACCUGGGCCCGCCGGAUCUGCUUGAGAUGAUAAGUGAAUUCCGAAAGACCGACCUCAUCCAACCCAUCCUCGACGUGGUCCACGCUCUCAUCAAGGACCUGCUUGGGUUUCAAGUCUGCUGCAAGAAGGAGUCGCAAAAGUGCGACUACUCUAUCUUGGGGAGCGUCUGGUACGGCAUGACAAAAUUCAGAGGCUCUGUUAUGCCCGAGUCGGCGGAUGAGAUACUGGAGAGCGUCACAGACCUGGCUUCGUCCGUCAGCCAGGUCAGCUCCUACAUGUCCUGUCUCGACAACCACCCCAAAUGCAAUCCCCGCGAGAAGAUAGACAAGAUUAUCAGAAAGACGGUGAGACAAAGAAAGGUCAUCCUGGGCCCUAGCCACAUAGAGUAUAUGCGGAAACAGCGUCACAAGACUGGAAUAGCUGGACCUUACGUGUGGGACCCUUGCUGGGCAAAAGGCGACGAGUAGGAAUAAUUGGUUCUGGUAUAGCGAACAACAUGUAAUUUAACA